GUUGUGCCUGUUAAUGUUGACAAUGUCGAGACCCAGAUUGACUUCUGGGAUGUUCCAGCAGGAUUGGCUGUGAUCAAUGAGGCUCCGGAGAAAAGGCCGCCGAUCCACACGACGGCGCCAGAUCUGAAGUUGUCUGAGGCUAUGGUGCAAGAGUUCAUGGAGGACUCGGAGCAAGCCAAGAUCUCUGGAGCUGUAGCAGAGCAGCUGGAGGUGCAGAAAGCUGCGCGACUGGCAGCAGCCCAAGAAAAGGUUGAUGCUGCCAAGCGCAAAGAUGCAAAGCUGGUGGCCAAGGGAUCAAAGGAGCCGCAGCACGAGCAGGAGGAAGAGCAAGAGGAAGAGGAGGAGAAUGAGGCUGCAGAGCUGAAGCGCAACGGAGUCCCGAUCCCGCCUGGAUUCAAAGGGACUGCGAAGUCGUAUACCUUGCCGGCAAGAACGUACCACAACGAGAUGUCGGAGCGAUCGUCGAUCAGUGUCAUCGCAUCUGCAAGCUGGGAGCUCAACCUGCAAGAGAGCGAGAUUGUUGAGAAAGACUGGGCUGCUUUGGGGAGGUAUCCCAUGUUCCUCGAGGUGGAUAUUCAUGUCGUCCAGUACCACCGGACUGUGAUCUAUGGGAUGAACAAGAUGAUGAGACCUGGAGAGUUCAGGAGGACGGGAAAAACACGUGCACUGCGAAUGUCCGGUAUCUAUCCCAAGCAGUUCUGUGAUGAGAUGGCAUGCCAAAUCGAAAGCUACCAAGCAACCGGGAUGCCCGGGCCACAGGUGAGGCAUGAUGUUCUCGACAACCAAAUUCUGGUCCAGGAGAUGCAAGAACUAUGGAAUCAAUGGGCCGAGCUUGAUGAGCUUCGUCAGUUUCUUAUCCAGGAGGUGGCGCAGGAGGCUAUGCAGGCGGCUGAGCGAAGGAAGCAACUUGUUGCCCAGAUUAUGCAGAAGGCCCCACCGAAGCGGGACAUCGAGAAGGGCAUGCCAAAGACCCCAAACCGAACAGAUGGUAUCAAGCGCUUGCACCACAAACUCACUCCUGCUAGUGCAAGCACGAAAACACCGUCGACUGCGACCCCGGAUGCGAAGAAUCCAAAGACAGAGGUUGAUGAUGCAAAGAAAACACUCUUCGGUGACUAG